AUGGCGUCUUCUACCCAAAGCAUGGCAGCAAGCCGGGUCCCAGCCUGGAAACGGUUGGGCCUCAAGCUCAAGUCGCCCGCUUCCCAAUCGGAACCCUCGAGCACUCCUAGCACAAUUUCAAAUACCGCAACCCCGACGUUGAGCACUCUAAACGGAAACGUCCGCAGAGUCCGCAGCUUCUUUCAACAAGACGGACAAGUCCCCGGCCAAGAAGAAGAGCAAGAAGAAGCCCCCAAGGACCCCAAGAAGGAAGCAAGUUCGCAGCCUACCGCGACGGCUCCUGAUCUCACGGGCGCUAUCCAGUAUCUUCAGCGGUGGAAGAGCUCGCGGGAUACUUGGAAGUUCAACAAGAAUCAUCAGACGCAGUUGAUCAAUCACGCCUUCAACCCGUCGCUUGUGCCAACCGCCGACGUCGGUGCCUUCUUCGAGUAUAUCCGUGACCUAAAAGGCCAUAUCCGGACGAGACUCAGAGACACUGCGAAAGAGAUCCAAGCCUCCGAUAUGGAAGGGGGCAAGGACCACUUCCCUGCUGGAACCCCUGAUCGGUUUGAUGAGAGGCAGUUUCUACAAGAGCAUGAGGCCGCCAUGGCGCAACGCGUGGUCAAGCGUAUGCGAGCCGAGAUGGUCAUCGACGAGCUGAACAACAGCGACAGUGAUGAGACCAUCAUGACGUCCACAACAGCUUCCGGUGCGGACUCUGAUCCGCCCAAGCCCGAGACAGUGGAGGCUACCGAUGAUGCUGAGCAGCCAGCAAAGCCAGCUGACGGUGCCACACGGCCAGCAAAGCGCAUCCGUGCCUCGAAGCGCCGAGGGGCUGACCUGGACGACAGCAGUUCGGAUGAGUCGUCUGGUGAAGAAGACUCUGCGGACGAGUCUGAUGAAGGGUCCGAUUCCGGGUCUGGCUCUAGUUCAGAAGAGAGUUCGUCGGAAGAAGACGACGGAUCCGAUGACGAAAUGGAACUGGAUCCUAGCCAAGACACUUCAAGCAGUUCAUCAUCCUCGUCUUCAGACGACUCCGAUUCUGACGAAGAGGCCGGCGACUAG